AUUAUUACUCAGCAGCGGUCGGUGGGUCGUCACUAUUUCAACCUCUACCGCUCCGCCUCCCUUUCGUGCCGACUAGAACGGAGAAUCUUCUUACGGCGAUGACGUCAUCACCGGAGUCCUACUCAGACCCUUCUCGGCGUAUAUUUGACCAUUUCGCUGGUCAUCUUAUGCCCUUGCUUUUAAAAGUGCAUGCCGGAUGGAUUUAGUUUGAAGCUGAAGUUUUCAAGGACUUGGAAAGCAGGAAGUAUCAUGAAGGCUCCACCGGCGAAUGGUUUCCCGGCCAAUCCCGCAGAAGGGGAAAGUAAGAGAAUAAACUCAGAGCUAUGGCAAGCCUGCGCAGGGCCACUCGUGUCUUUGCCACCAGCUGGCAGCCAUGUGGUUUAUUUUCCUCAAGGGCACAUCGAAGAAGUGGCAGCUUCAAUACAGCAGGAAAUGGACUGCAAUCCGAAUUACCUUUUGCUUCCCUCUAAAAUGAUCUGUGUGCUUCAAAAUGUCACCUUACAUGCUGAUAAUGAAACAGAUGAGGUUUUUGCUCAGAUGACACUACAACCAGUUAAUAAACCAACAUUUUUAGAAAAGUUUGAUAGAGUGGCGCUGAUUGCUUCUGAAAUGGGACUCGAACAAAGCAAGCAACCUACAGAGUUCUUCUGCAAAACACUUACAGCAAGCGACACUAGUACUCAUGGAGGAUUCUCUGUUCCUCGUAGAGCUGCUGAAAAGAUAUUCCCGCCUCUGGAUUUUACAUUGCAACCACCAACUCAAGAGUUAGUGGCCAAAGACUUACACGACAUAUCCUGGACAUUUCGACAUAUAUAUCGGGGUCAACCAAAGAGACAUCUACUGACCACUGGCUGGAGUGUAUUUGUCAGCACAAAAAAACUUUUAGCUGGAGAUUCCGUCGUUUUCAUUCGAGAUGAAAAAUCACAACUUCUCUUGGGAAUAAGGCGUGCCAAAAGGCAGCAACCAGCUUUUUCAUCCUCUGUCCUCUCAAGCGAUAGUAUGCACAUAGGAAUUCUUGCUGCUGCUGCUCAGGCUGCUGCAAAUAGUAGUCCAUUUACAAUCUUCUACAACCCAAGAGCAAGCCCCUCCGAAUUCAUCAUUCCUUUAUCCAAAUAUAAUAAGGCAUUGUGCACACAAGUGUCCCUUGGCAUGCGGUUCAGAAUGAUGUUUGAGACUGAGGAGUGCGGGGUACGACAUUACAUGGGAACAAUCACAGGAAUUAGCGACUUUGAUCCUGUUCGGUGGAAAGCGUCGCAAUGGCAUAACAUUGAGGUUGGAUGGGAUGAAUUAACAGCGGCGGAUCGACCAACCCGGGUAUCAUUAUGGGAGAUUGAACCGGUUGCGACCCCAUUCUACAUAUGCCCGCCUCCAUUUUUUCGGCCUAAAUUUCCUGAACAACCUGGGAUGUCUGAUGUUGAGGCUGAAGCAGAGAAUACCUUUAAAAGCGCCAUCCCAUGUCUUGGGGAUGAUUUUGGCUUAAAAUCUACUCAGAGUCAACUGUUCCCUGGUCUGAGCCUGGUCCAGUGGAUGGCUAUGCAGCAAAAUUCUCAGCUAAAUUUCUCCCAGCCAACCUACCUUCCCUCCUUGGCCGCAUCUAUUCCAGAUAGCCUCAUCUGCAAUGAUUCUACAAAACUAUUGAGUUUCCAGUCUCAAGCUUCAUCUGUUCCAAAUCAUCAAGGCGGUUUCAAAUUAAAUCCACAAAGCCAACAGUCUGAUCAACUCAAAAAUCUACAGCAGCAAACUUCCACUGAGAUCCAAUUCCAGCAGCAGCAGCAGCAGCAGCAGCAGCAGCCGAUGGCAGAACGUCUGCAACAUUUAAAACAGAAGAAAAAUUACAACCAACAACAGGAUCAGCAGCAGCUUGAUGCACAAAAGCAGCAAAUUUUAACUCAAGCACAGUUACUCAAUGAACAACUUCAGCCAUCUGCUUAUCAGAUGCAGCAGCAACAAGUACUACAGAAACAAAACUCUCACCCUCUGCCGGAAGAAAUCUUAUUGAACCAGACCACAGUUCAGCCACCAGUGCUUCUUCAAUCUAAUUCCAGCUCCCAACAACCUGUGGACCUGCAACAGUAUUCUCUAUUCCAGCAGCAGCAGACAAAGAUGCAACUUUUACAGAAGCUCCAACACCAGCAAGUGCUGUCUCAGCUUAGUGCUCAACCACAUUCUCAGCUUUCUCAACAGCUGCCAGUGCAGAACCAGCAACUUCAUAAACAGCAAUAUUUCCAGCGAUUAUCUGCAAACCACAUCGCAGGUCACUCAAAUCCUCAAUUACUUGCCAGAACUUCACCUUCACCAUCCAAAAGUAAUGCACCCUCAUGCUCUACCUCACCUUCCAGUACUUGCCAAAUCUCUGGGUUACCUAGUCAAGUGCUGCAUGAACUUCAGAACAAGCAUGAAACGCAAGUGAUCAAAGAGACUAAUAAUAUUUCUUCUUCUACAAGUUCUUUUUGCUUGGAUGGCAUCUCACAGGAAGGGUUUUCACUUUCUCCUGUAUGUUUGGAUGCAGAUGUUCGACAUAAUCCUCAUAAUGAUCUUCUUACAGGAACCAAUACGGAUAUUUUGCUGCAGUACCCAGUGCUAUCAAGGGGACUCAGUUCAGGAAAGGAUAUGGAAGACUUCUUGCCGAGUUACUGUAAUCAGAGGGAUGUUGAGAAUGAUUCAACUGCUGCUGUCAGCUCUCAGACUUUUAGCAUGCAAGAUAUGUCAUUCAAUCCUGGAUGCUCUGGUGAUACUUGUUUUAGUGAGGUUGGGACGUUGAGCCAAGCAAUGUGGGCUAACCAGUCACAACCCAUGAGAACCUAUACGAAGGUUCAAAAGCGUGGAUCUGUUGGAAGAUCAAUUGAUGUCUCUCGUUAUCAUGGUUACGAAGAACUCCGCCAUGACCUUGCAUGCAUGUUCGGAAUUGUAGAACUUGAAGAUCCCAUCGGAACUGACUGGAAACUAGUAUAUGUGGAUCAUGAGAAUGACAUACUGUUGGUUGGGGAUGACCCUUGGGAGGAAUUUGUGAACUGUGUUCAAAGCAUCAGAAUACUGUCAUCAUUGGAGGUUCAACAAAUGAGCUUAGCUGGUGAUUUACCAAAUGUGGCCUUUCAGAGGCAAGCAUGGAGAUGAAAUGAUGAGGAUUACUGGUAAUUUACGUAGGUGAUUUACCAAAUGUGCCGUUUACUUCUGGAAGGCUACAAGUUUGAAAGAGCUAUUAGCCGCAUGGAAAAAGUAAAUGUCAAGUAUAUUUCAAGCCCUUUUUUUUGUAAUUUUUUUCAAAAACAAGUUUAGCUUUUUUUUGUAAAUAAUAGC